UUCCGAUCAGCUGCUUAAGUAUUAGUGGAAACUGCUUCGCCCAAAUUGAAGCGGAGUGGGCUUCAGUGCGCCAUUAGGAGCCCGGCCUCUAAAGCUGACAGCUCAGUAUUUUCACAAUUUGAAGAAAUGUCAAAGAAAAUUAGCCCUCCGUGAUUUCUGCAAUUAAAAACUCAAGUAGUUAAUGAGACCUCUUCACCUUCUGGUUGCCCCGGGUAGACGUUUGUGGCGAACUCAGCCUUUUUAAUUGCAGUUAUUAAAUAAAUCAAUCCCCUCCAUUUUUUCUCUUCGAGACGUCGCGCUGGUUUUCUGAUUGACGCGUAAAAUUGGUGUGUUGGUUUGGUUUUUUAACCGCAGCAUAAAGCGGCGAGGCAAAAAAAAUAGAAAAAAAAUCCACAGCUCAAGAACAUAAUGCGCAUAGGAUAAGUAGCCUGUUAGUUCAAGUGUUGCCUGUUUUUGUAAGUAAUGACUAUCCUUCUCUUUUAAAUGUCAUUUUGGUAAUCGCCUGCGUUGUCAUGGUGAAAAGUGAAAGGCAUGAUAUUUAUGGGGAAGGCGCAGGGGGCAUUUAAGGCAGCUGCCUCAGUGUGACAGAACCGGCAUCGUCUUCCCGCCGCACAGCUUCUCGUCAUGUGUGAGGAUUGCAAAGGAGGCGAAGAGCUGCUGGGCAAAUGCACUGAGGACAGGAGAGACAUAAUGGGCGCGCCGGUGGAAGUUUUGGAUGACGACGCGUCGUCCUUACAGGCGAUGGCAUCUGCGCCUCUGCUGGGGAGAACCGUGUGUGCGAGCUGCAACGAGGAAAUAGUGGAUAAAUAUUUAUUAAAGGUUAACGACUUGUGCUGGCAUGUGCGCUGUCUCUCCUGCAGCGUGUGCCAGACUUCGCUUGGCAGCCACACGAGCUGCUACAUCAAAGAAAAGGAGGUUUUCUGUAAACUCGAUUACUUUCGAAGAUACGGCACCUGGUGCGCCUGCUGCGGCCGGAACAUCCACUCCACAGACUGGGUUCGCCGGGCCAAGGGGAACGUCUAUCACCUGGCCUGCUUCGCCUGCUUCUCCUGCAAGAGGCAGCUGUCCACCGGGGAGGAGUUCGCCCUGGUGGAGGGGAAGGUGCUCUGCAGGGUCCACUACGACUGCAUGCUGGACAACCUGAAGCGGGCCGUGGAGAAAGGCAGCAGUGUUAACAUGGAGGGAGCUGUACCCACCGAGCAGGAGAUCAACCAGCCAAAACCCUCCAAGAGAGCUCGGACCAGCUUCACUGCCGACCAGCUGCAGGUGAUGCAGGCUCAGUUUGCUCAGGACAACAAUCCAGACGCCCAAACACUGCAGAAACUGGCGGAGCAGACGGGCCUCAGUCGAAGAGUCAUACAGGUCUGGUUCCAGAACUGUCGAGCUCGCCACAAGAAGCACGUGAGCCCCAACCACACCUCCAGCACGCCCAUGACCUCCAUGCAGCCCAGCCGCCUGUCCCAGCCCACCCCGACCCCCGAGGAGCUGCAGUACACCGCCUACGGAGGCCCGGAGGGGUCAAUGCUCUCCGCGCUACACUCCUUCAUAGACAUACACUCUCCUCCCUCCAUAUUUCAGCCGCUGUUGCCGGCCCACGCCAUGACCUCGCUGCCUGUGUCUCACGCCUGAGCUGCACACAAAAACACACUCACAUGCACACAUUUACAAACACACAACACACACAGCAUCCUCAGACUUCACCAAUGUCCCUCAGUCAUCAGCAGCUGCAGAAUUCAGUAUUCCAUGGUAAAAAAUAAUUGGAUUCUCAGUGACCUAUUCAACCAUUUCUCUCUUCUCAAACUGCCAGUAACUCAUCACCACAUGUUUAUAUUUCUGUUAAGCAAAUUCUGGAUGGUUUCUAAUUUACAGUCCUAAGUGUACUGUAUAACGUGGAAAUGGAAAGGUCUCGUGUACCUCAUAGGAUCGUGACACAUGACAUUAUAGAUUUAUAUUUGUUUGUGUAGUUGGUGACAAAGUUUGACUGUGCUGCUCUACGUGAAAGCUACCAGACCCAAAAUAUCAACUCCAUAUGAAAAUGAACUUGAACUUGUAUGUAUAGCAGUGUUGGAAUUUAAUUUAUUGUACGUGUACGUUUGUUUUGAGAAUAAAUGUCUAAUUUCACAAA